AAGUUAUUAACUUUAAUAGGCGUGGCUUGGCAUUGGUUUGCUUGGGAGUGUAGUACGAGGUCUAGUAUUAUGGAUGAGAUGUUGAAUGACAGGUUGAACGACAGGAUAAAUGAUAAUAAAUGGAAUAUGGAAAGAAUACACUCUUCAGUGCUUUUCACUCUAGAUAUAUUGAAAUGCACUUUUUAUCUCCUUCUCAUCUGGUUCUUUCUUGCAGCUAUCCCUAACUAUCAGUCUAAAGAGACAAUAGGUUGUAUUGCACAUGAUUGUAAGGAGCUGUAUGAGCAGGGACAUACCUGCAGUGGAGUAUACACCAUCAAACCUGAUGAACUACCUGCUUUUGAGGUUUAUUGUGAUAUGAGUAAUGGUAGUGGUUGGACUGUAUUUCAAAGGAGAAUGGAUGGUUCUGUUGACUUUUAUCGCAAGUGGACUGAAUACAUAAAGGGAUUUGGAGAUCUCAAUGGAGAGUUCUGGCUGGGACUUGAUAAAAUACACCGACUCACAGCAACAGGCAAUACUAGCCUACGUGUUGACCUAAAGGACUUUGAAGGUGUCAGUGUGUUUGCUCAUUAUUCUACAUUUAUAGUUGGAGGUGCACACACUAGCUACACACUAACAGUAGGAGGAUACAGUGGGAAUGCUGGAGACAGCUUAUGUGUGCAUAAUAAUAUGAAAUUUUCAACUCACGAUCGUGACAGUGAUGCCCAUCAUGAUUUGAAUUGUGCUGCUCAUGUGAAAGCAGCAUGGUGGUACAAUGAUUGUCAUCAUUCAAAUCUUAAUGGUCAAUAUUUGGCUGGAACUCAUAAAACACGUGGUGAUGGAGUGAACUGGUUAGGUUUUAAAGGCCAUAACUAUUCGUUGAAGGUGUCUGAAAUGAAGAUUAGAAGAAAGUAAAAGUCUGAUGUCUAUUAGUAACAACAGUUUUAUUAUCUUAGACUAGUAAUAGUAUAACAGUUCCUAGUGUUAUGAUGACUAUUAAUUAAACCUUUGUUGCAUUCUUUUUCCAGAUUUUAAUUUUUCAGAUGUAAUAGUUACUAUUAAAUUAAUGAA